UUACUUUAUGUUCGGUGGCGAAGGUCGAAGACGACCAUAACCUGAGAAUAAAAAUUAAAACAGAAAUAUUCUUCACUGCUUUUUUCAGUUUCAUGUUUGACUUUGUCGUUAAACGCAUCGAAUUUUUCUAGAGGCUGUUUUAACUGCUUCCUGCUAAAAAUCUUUGUUAAUUGAGAUAACUAGCCUUUUUUUCUGGCUUCUGUGCAUGCUUCUAGCAUUCCUUUGCUUUUUGAAGAGACAUGAGUGAUACAGUGUGAUACGGGGGGCGGCCUCCCCAUUCAACAUGCUCAUCCAUUGAUAUAAAUAAUUGUGAUAAAGACAUAGAACAUUCUGCUAACAAAGCUACAUAGAUUAAGGAAGAAGCCAGAGGUCCCUACAUGGUCCAGAACCAGGCGGCUGGGGGUCUCGGACGAAGCGAGCUGGCGAUUGUCAACCAGCAAAGUCAUUAAUACAGCAAGCCAAGCCAAGCCAUUCUUCAUUGUGUUGUUGAGGAUGGAGAAUCAGGAUCUACUUAUAACCACAUGUCAAUUAUCCCAGCAAUUUUCUGUUUGCCUUUGGGACUACAACAAUAAAAAUGUUAUUGGGUUGUAUAAAAAUGGAGGUGCUAUUCCACCAAGGACCUUAUCAGUUUUAGAAGAUUAUAUUAUAGCUGCAGAAUUAAAUAAACCAGUGCUGCAUGCAUGGCCGUUAAACAGUCAAGAAACUGACAAAAAUAUCAGAUUAAUAUUGCCAGGAUCCGUUAAUUGUUUAUCUGUAUGUCCAAGACAGACAUAUUUGGCAGUUGCUAUAGAUGCUAAGUUGUAUAUUUGGCAGAUAUGCUCAGGCAAGCUACUUUCUGUACAGCAGAGACACUACCAGCCAAUAACUAGUAUUAAAUAUUCCAGUGACAGCCUCUAUGUAGCUGUAGGUGGUAAAGAUGGAAUUUUGGUUGUCUAUUUUCUAGCUGAUUUGGUAGUCCUUCAUCAUAGCUUACUCAGCCAAAGAACUGUAGGUCAAGUUGAACCAGUAUACAUGAAACAUGAUCAUAGUGGAUCUAUUGUAGAUUUGCAUAUAGGCUCAUUUGGUAAAAACUCCAGGAUAGCAACCUGCUCAACUGAUAAUACUACUAAAAUCUAUACUCUUUCGACUGGAGAUCUUCUCAUCACUAUUGUAUUUGAUGAAACUAUUACUACUCUUCUUUUUGACCUUUCUUAUUGGAAACUUUUUGUUGGCACAGGAACAGGCCUAGUUAAGCAGUUAGAUUUAAGAAAAUAUCAAAGAACGUUAAACUAUCAUGUUGAAGAAGAAACUUGUAAUCAUUUUAAAGGACAUACAGGCAAAAUUGUACAAAUUGCGUUAAAUUUUAGUGGCAGUAUACUCGCUUCGGGUGCUGACGAUAUGUUUGUCUAUACGUGGGAUGUCUUAAGUCGCCAAAUUCUGCAUAAAUUUGAUCACAAGGCGCCGUUAACUAAUAUUUAUUUUGUACCGAACUUUUCUCAUUUUACUGAUCAGAAUUUGAAGCCAAAUCUAAAGUUAGGUUUCUUAGAACGAAGUAUUGUGUCUGAGCUAAAUGAUUUCUUGGUAUCAUUACUUCAAAAAGAUAAUAUCGAUAUACUUGAUGAUGAUACCUGUUCUGAAAAGGAUACGUCUAACUUAAAACAAGAAAAUGAACGAUUAAGGAUUGCAAAUGCUCAAUUGUAUAAAACUGCAUUAGAGAUUAGUAAAAAGUAUGGAGUUUUAAGUGAGGUGAAAUAAAAUACGGUUUGAUUUAAA